UUCAUUGCCCAACAGCCACAGCAAACAGAGCCCCGCGCAGUCUUCUGCCUACUGCUGAUAUGCAGUCUCUGAUAUCACCGGUGACCAAGACGAUCUUAGUGGCGUUAUUCAUUUUUGCUAUUUUGCUCAUUCUCUAUGUGAUACUAUGGUAUAUAUGUCGAGACGUGGAUUGUGAUCAUGGUAUUUGAUUCGGAUAAUUGGGUGCGCUUCGUGAGACGACCAGGAUACCCCGAGAUUCGCUUUCACGGAGACACCAGGGUGACCCUGUUUUGCCCAAACAAAAUGGAAGGGUUGCCAUAGUGACUGGGGGUGCCCGAGGAAUGGGGUUUGAGACUGCAAGACACCUGGCAAGCCUUGGCAUGCAUGUGGUUAUAGCUGGGAAUGUUGAAGAGGAAGGCCGAGCAGCAGUGAAGAGCAUCCACGAGGAGGGCCGCCAAGGCAAAGCGGAGUUCCUUUUCCUCGACUUGGCGUCCCUGAAGUCCAUCCGCCAGUUUGUCCAGAGGUUUAAAGAUCGGGGUCUACCACUUCAUGUUCUUGUCAACAAUGCGGGCAUCAUGCUUGUUCCGGAACGAAAAACAGAGGAUGGGUUUGAGCUGCACUUUGGCCUCAACUACCUUGGGCAUUUCCUGUUGACCAUCCUUCUGCUCGACUCGCUGAAGCGGUCCGGCCGGCAAAAGGCCUGCUCCCGCAUCGUCACCAUGUCCUCUGCCACACAUUACGCAGGCAGGCUCAACAUGGAGGACCUGCAGGGCAGGUCUUGCUACUGUGCACAUGGCGCCUAUGCCCAGAGUAAACUUGCCCUGGUCCUCUUCACCUACCACCUGCAGGAGAAGCUCACAGCAGGAGGAGUUCAUGUGACUGCCAAUGCUGUGGACCCAGGAAUGGUGGACACUGACCUUUACCAGAACCUCUGCAGCCCAGCUCAGGCAGCAAAGAGGCCAGUGGCCAAAAUGCUCUUCAGGACACCAGCAGAGGGGGCGUCCACAGCCAUCUACGCAGCCACUGCGUCUGAGCUGGAAGGGGUGGGAGGCUGCUACCUGUACAAUGGGGGGAAGACCCAGUCAGCUGACAUUACGUACGACGGGGAGAAGCAAGCUGAGCUGUGGAAACGGAGCUGCUCACUGGUGGGUCUUCAGCAGGCCUGAGCAACCAGGCCCCCUUGUUGACCUUACCACAGGCCCACACACACACACACACACACUGAUACUCACUCACCAGCAGGGAGCAGUUUUGCCGAUCAACACCAGCCAUCACUGGGACCUCAGCCUGUAAUCCUACCUGAACACAGACACACACACACACACACACACAGCGACACCCACUUCACAGCAUUAGCUCUGAUUAUCACCUCCGCUGCCAUCCACUCCUCGUUCACCCUCCGUCCCUCUCCUCCAAGCCGUCUAAACUAGUUGUGAUGACAGAAGCCUUCUCAGUAUGCACACAAUUCGCCAUGAGCCAGCACCCCUACAGCAGAGCAACAGGUGGAAUUUAGGUUUUGUAUCAUUGUAGAAGUUCUACUAAGCUUUUUCUUCAUAUCUUCCUCUACUCAUUGGGGAAAGACAUACAUUGAACAUGUCAAUGCCUCUUAAAUAGUGCCUCGAUGAGAAAAACUGGGAAAGUGAUAUUUGAACUGGUCAAAUUUUCCACGUCCAUUUUCUAUACUGGUUGUCACUGACAGGCCAGACUACACAAGUCUCAACGCCUCAUAGCUUGGAUAUAAAAAUUAAAUGUGCUUUUAUGAAGGGCUAACAAUGAAAUGGCAAUGGACUCAUAAUUACUUUAGCCUUAUUACAGUUACAUUAUUUCACUUGGCGCGUUGGAACAUUUAUAUGUAAUCCUAAAUUGUCUAUGCCAGAAUUUAUUUUCAUCACAAUCCUACUCUUUGACAGUAGCAAUCUUUGCCUUUUUUGACUCUGUGUCCAGACGGAUGCUUGCUAUGAAAUGUUGUUCUUACCGUGGCUGCAAUAUAUUCUAGUGAUUACAAUUUUCUUGUUAUAAUAAAACUGCUAUGUUUUUAAUUUUGUCAUAUCCAAUAGUCAACCAAUAACAUUCUGGAUCUGAAACUAUUAAUGUGGGGGACUUUCCAGAAACUGAGGGGAACAUGGAGAGGUUUUCUACCCUGAUGGUCUCAAAUCUGUGAAGCAACAGUUCAAUUCACCUUAGGCAGACUAAAUAUGACUGCUUUGUGUUUAAGUACAUGUGUGUUGUGUUCAGUUCUGUGUUUGUGUCUGUGUCUGUGCACUUUAUCAAACCAAAUACUGUUCAGGCCCCCAAAAAACAGUCAAUAAACACCACUGUCAAUGCUUCUGAAUUAGUAUUAGGAAUUGCACAUACAUGCUGGGACUGUGAAAAGGUAAUAGCUCACUAAGCAUCUCUUAUUAUGAUCUUCUAAUACAUGCUAAUAUACUGUAUAAUGUAUCUAUCAAACCAUUUCCAGUUAAAGUAUGAGAAUAAAGAUGAAAUUUGCCUGGGCAUCCAAUAUGUAAAAAUGUUCAAUGGAAAUGUCAAUCAGAUGAAUUGUGAUUAUAUUUUUUGAUUAUAUUGCACACACGCAAAACAUUUUACCACAAUCACUGUGAAUGAAGUUGUCCAAGUAUUGUUGCUUUGUGUGUAACAAUAAAUUGAGUUCUGUAGGUAUUUUAGUUACUAGUAGAGAGCAAUGCUGACCUGAAUUGUUCUUGUCAUGAAGAAAGAUGUUCAGUUUGGACAUACUACUUAACAUAUACAAUAAAAUGAGUUACUGUU